CAACGUGGCGGCUAGAAUGGCCGUGUUUUUCAAAGUGGAGGACUGGCCUGACCGCAGUUUCAUUUGUCCCGAACACUAGUCUGUCAGAAUGGCUGGAGAAAAGUGUGUCUCUGAUGAUAAGCAGGAUUCUUCUGACGACUGCGGGGAAGAGAAUUGUAUUUUCUGUAAAAUCGCAAACAGAGACGAUCCAUCCACUGAGAUAUUGGCGGAAGAUGAGGACAUUGUUUGUUUCCAGGACAUUGAUCCAGGUGCACCUCAUCACUACCUGGUUAUACCAAAGAAUCAUAUCCAUAGCUGUUUGUCACUCAAAAGAGAUGAUAUAAAUCUUGUGAAGAAGAUGGCAGAUAUGGGAAGAGAGGUACUGAAAGCCAAGAAUGUCACAAAUUUGGAAGACAUCAGUCUAGGUUUCCAUGUGCCUCCAUAUAUCACUGUCCCCCACCUGCACCUCCAUGUUCUAGCACCUUUUAGUCAGCUGUUUAAAUGGGCAAUAUGCAAGUACACAUCCUUCUGGUACCUCACUGAGGAGAAGCUGCUUCAGAAACUGACGGAGAAAAAAAAAGAAAAAAAGAAUGGGCAUGUAACAGUUGCAUGCCGCCAUGUGUAGUUAUAUUCUACAUGCUAUACUGUGAAAGAUUUAUCAUACAGUGUGCCAUCAACACAUUCAUGGUCACACCCAGGGGUGUUGCUGGGAGGGGCCCAGAACAAUGUUCUCUGGGGGUCGGAAUCCCCCCACCCCCCUGAACGUGAUUUUGAGGAGGCCCAGAAAAAAUCAUUGCAGUGGACCCAGAAAUCCUAGCGACACCACAGGUCACACCAUUAUGUUUUCUUCAGUGUUCAUGCUCAUGUUCUUUACAUACUGAUCAGAGGGGCACAUCCUGUCCAAGUGUGCGGUUCUUGGCAUGGACAAAGGUUAAAGGGGUCAU